UUUUUUUUUCUUUUUUUUUUUCGCUGUUUGGCGUUCACGCUCGUUCGAUUGUUUUCAGAGGCUCCUUGCUUUUUCAGUUAGUCAGGUUUCGAGGGGAAGUAACACAAUGGCAACCGCGUCGUCGUCUGUGCAGGCGGGGUUGACUGCGGACGCGCUUACGUCGAUGUCGCUGGGCUCCGCUCCCUCCGCCUCCGCCGCCGCCGCCGCGACACAUGCGUCUGCGUCUCCCGCGCCUCUUCACAAGAAGGGCGGCAUUCUGCCCAACUUUUUCAAGUGGGGCUUGAGCAUUGACGUUGCUCAGUUCACGCUCGACUUUUCCGAGGACGAUCUCCGACCGUCCCACUCGCGCCACCGCACGCUGACCGAGGCCGAACGCGCCGCGCUGCCGGAGGCCGAGUACAACUUGGACGACCACGGCGACGGUCUGCUGCUGGGCAAGUACACGCGCCAAGCCAUCUGUGCCAUUCUCGAGGACGACCAGAUCGCGGCCCAAUUGCGAGAGCGCAACUUUCCUCAGUUCCACGUCAAGCUCGACACGAGCGACAUUUUCGUCCACAAGCUGUUCGUGGUGGCCAACCGACAGCCGCACGCCCCGCUGCUGGCGGAAAUGUACUUUCGACGACUCCGCGCGGUCGACAAUUUCAAAACGUUCGGCGCCCAUUCGUCCACCAGCCCGGGCGUUGCUGUUGUCCGGAGCAUGACGGCCUUCAGCGACUUGGACAUUAUCGUGCUCGAGUGGGCGCGGAUGCAGGACCCAAACAAGUCGUUUUCAGCCGAGAGUCUCAAGUCGCUGCUCCCCGGACAGGACGCGCCGGGACUGGGCCUGGGCAAGCAGAUUGACCAGCUCAUGCUCAAGCUGGCCGAGCGCAGCAAGCGUGACGGGCUCAUCAAUGUCCCGCUCUACUUUCACAACGCGCUCUUCUACUCGCGCUCGUACUCCUUCCUCAACCCCGAGUUUGAGGGCGUCUUCCGGACGCUCGUCCACGAUCUGCACGACGAUGUUCGCGACAAGGGCUUGGUCAAAGUGGCGCACGCCAUCGUGCGCGGCGCGCUCAAGGUCGCCAAGACGGGCCAGUCGGUGCGAUGGAUUGGCGAGGAGAUGAUUCUGCCAGUGUCCAAGCGGCUGAAAGAGUACGUCCACGCGCCAGAGUAUCUCCGUGUGGUCAAAGCGUUCACCUCCAGCGGGGUCUUUAAGAUUGACUGGGACGCCCAGCUCCUGUCCGAUUCCGAGUGGCAGCACCAAGGCAUCAUCAUCAAGGACGUCGACACCCGCAACCCCGAAGCGGAUGAGCUGUUGAAGGCCGACCCUUCCCACGAUGCCGGAUCCGACCCGCACGCCGGCUGGCGCUCGCAUCUCGCCACCGUGCUGCAUGUCUUCCGUGCGUGGCAUGCGCGUGCGCCAUCCCCCGUCUCGUCAUGAAGCAGGCAGCUACCAAAAAAUCGAUUCUAGGAUUUCCUUGAUUCCUUAGCGAGGACUUCUGGCUGUUGUUGUUGCUGCUGUUAAUGUUGUGGUUGUAGUAGUUGUUGAGAUUGUGAUGUUGUGAUUUUGGCAUCUUUACUGUAUUGGAAGAAAGCGAUCUGAAAAAACAAAAC